AUGGGUGCCCUUGCUAGCAGACAGAAUGAUGGAGUCGAAGAAGCAGACGUAGUAUCAAAUCAUGCAUACAAAUAUCCACCGCGAUCGGGUAAUUACUUUGGAAGUCAUUUUAUCAUGGGUGGAGAAAGAUUUGACACACCUCAACCGGAGGCCUAUUUAUUUGGAGAAAAUGCAGAUCUGAAUUUCCUUGGAAGCAGGCCCACUCCUUUUCCAUAUCCCCCACCACAAUCAAAUGAGCCAACAAAAACCUUGAAAAGUUUAGUCAACAUAAGAAAAGAGUCCUUGCGGUUUGUUAGAUGUCCAGAGCCUGUGGGAAAACUGGUGGAUAAUAACAAAAUUGGAGAUGGAAUGAUAAAAUCUGUUGACUGUAAUGGCAAGGGAACAUAUUACAACAUAGAAUUUACAUUUGACUGUGAUGCAAGAUGUGCCAUUACAAUAUUCUAUUUCUGUACGGAGGAAGUGACUCCUGGGGGUGUAGUCUAUUAUCCCAGAGAUCCCACAAUAAAUUCACAGACAUAUCAUUAUAAAAAAGGUGCCAAUCAGCAAUUCUGUCAGAUCUCGCAUGUUUUUGACCCUUCAAAAUACCCCGAGGAGGAUUUGGUGUAUAAUGCUGACCGUGAAAUAAUCCCUAUUGCCAUUUAUUGUGUUGUAGAUGAAGGACAGGAAGAAAUAAGACAAUCGCAUACAACUAUAGCUGUGAUAGAGAAACACUCAGACGGGACUUACGUUCUCAAGGCUCUCAAACAAAAAUUGUUUGUUGAUGGUUUAUGUUACUUACUGCAGGAAAUAUAUGGCAUAGAAAACAAGAAUUUGGACACAAAGCCAAGUUCUGAUGAAGAGACUGAAGAUGGUGGUUCAGAAUGCGUGAUCUGCAUGUGCGAUGUCCGUGACACACUCAUAUUGCCUUGCAGGCAUCUGUGUUUGUGUAAUUCCUGUGCUGACUCACUGCGGUACCAGGCUAAUAAUUGUCCCAUCUGCCGUGCACCCUUCCGGGCCUUGCUGCAAAUUAGAGCCUUGCAGCGUUUGACUACACCAGCCUUAAUGCCCCCUGCCGCUAAUCCACCAGAUGGAAGCAUGGAAAACAUUCCCGCGGGGUAUGAGCCGGUGUCGCUACUGGAGGCGCUCAAUGGCCCCACGGUCCGCGCGCGACCUCCGCCCGCUCCCGCGCCCACUAUCGCCAGCCCAGACACAGACACCGCCUCGCAGGCGGCAGAGAUCUUGAACCGGUGCAACGUGGAGCGCAGCUCGUCGACGAGCCUGGGCAGCGGCGGCAGCCGCAAGGCGCGGCGCGGCUCCAAGGACGCGCGCGCGCCGCACCAGCCGCAUCCACCGCUCACGCCUGAGUUCCGUAUGUCCGUGUUACUGGCACGAGAAGAGGAAGCAAAGCGCGUGGAAGAAAAGGCAGCUGCGAGCAGUCCCCUGCUUUACAAACACAAUGGAAUUAGUUCCUCCGAAAAACUUUCUAAGAGCUCGCUGAACUCGCGGCCGACAUCGGAGGCGGGGUCUUGUGCGGGUUCACGCGCGGGAUCGCGUGCGGGGUCGCGUGCGGGGUCCCGCGCGGGGUCGCGGGCGGGCAGCGCGGCGUCGUGCUGCGCGUCGGACGAGGAGGCGGAGGAGGCGGCGGCGGGCGCCGCGCCCGACAGCGACGCCGAGCGCCGCUCGCCGCUGCUGGCGCCGCAGCACGCGCAGCACCCGCAGCACCCGCCCGCUGCACACGCGCCCGCGCCCAACGGAGUGCUGAAGAACAGUGGAGCUGCGUUACGGCUGGCGGCGCCCGCGUUGGCGCACAUCGACGACACGGACACCGACGAGCCCGACGCCGCGCACAACUGUCAGUAG